AUGGACUCUGAAACACCCAGUGUGAGCGACGAGGGAUUGAACCAUACCAAAUCCGAGGUUAGGACCUUUGCGCCGAUAAAUUCUCCUAUUGCCGAUGAACGAGAUGCGCCGCUCCAAAAAAAACGUUCCAAUGCGUCCAGAGCAGCGACGUCAAAAUCCUUGGAGCGCAGCUGGUCGCUGAAUGACGGCGUCAGCAUUGGGGGCCAUAGGGUCGACGAGGCCGCGGUGGCGCAUGACGACGCAGCGUAUACUGUGGGCUGGGAGGAAAACGAUCCCAAUAACCCGCGCAAUAUGCACACAGCGCGACGUUGGCUUAUUGUCUGUAUCAUCUCGAUGGGCUCGCUUUGCGUAACCUGUACCUCGUCGAUAUAUACAACGACAUAUACUCAACUGAUGAGUGAAUUUGGAUGUUCGCGAAUAGUUGCGACCCUUGGGUUAUCGUUCUUUAUCUGGGGUCUUGGAAUUGGCCCGCUCGUGUUGAGCCCUUUAUCUGAGUUCUAUGGCCGGCGGAAUAUUUACAUCAUUUCUUUCUCACUGUUUCUCGUAUGGCUUGUCCCAUGCGCGGUGGCCAAGAACACCGAGACAAUGCUUGUCUCCAGGUUCAUCAAUGGAGUAGUAGGCAGUGCAUUUUUGAGUGUUGCCGGGGGUACUGUUGGGGAUCUAUUCGAUCGCCAUGAGCUUGCCCUUCCUAUGAUGCUCUACACCGCGAGCCCAUUCGUGGGUCCCGAAGUUGGGCCACUGGUUGGUGGAUUCAUUAAUGCCUUUACCUCAUGGCGCUGGUCAUUCUAUGUGCUUCUCAUCUGGACGGGCGUGCUGCUUGUGUCGAUGAUAUUAUUCGUUCCGGAGACAUAUCAUCCAGUGCUUUUGAGGCACAAGGCGCAGAAGUUGCGAGAGGAAACUGGAGACGACCGAUGGAUAGCUCCCAUCGAAAGGCUAAACCGCUCAGUGACCAAAACGGUUCUGCGAUCCAUGUACCGCCCUGUGCUACUCUUGAUAUUGGAGCCAAUGUGUCUGUGCCUUUGCAUUUUCUCGGCCAUUCUUUUGGGUAUUCUGUAUCUCUUCUUUGGUGCCUUCCAGCUAGUGUUCUCUGAGGUCUAUGGGUUGUCACUUUGGCAGCGCGGCCUAUGCUUUCUCGGCAUAUUUGUCGGGAUGGUCAUAGCCAUUCUGUCAGAUCCAAUUUGGCGCCGAAACUACGAUCGGUUGGAGCGAAACUACAGGAAAGCGGCAAACAACGUUGACGACUUCCAACCGGAGUGGCGAUUGCCUCAAGCAAUUCUGGGAGGACCUCUGGUCACUAUAGGUCUUUUCAUGUUUUCGUGGACAAUCUACCCCAAUGUUCAUUGGAUUGUGCCUAUCAUUGGCAGUGGUCUUUUUGGUGCUGGAAUGAUCCUCGUCUUCUCAGGCAUCUUCACAUUUCUAGUUGAUGCAUAUCCAACUUUUGCAGCCAGCGCCCUAGCAGCAAACAGCUUCACUCGAUCAUCUUUUGGAGGAAUAUUCCCUCUCUUCGGUAUCCAAAUGUAUAACAGACUUGGAUAUCACUGGGCGACUUCACUCUUGGCGUUUCUAACCCUUGUCAUGAUUCCUUUCCCGUACAUAUUCUACCGAUACGGAAGUUGGAUCCGAAGUAAGAGUCGGUUCGCCAAGUCAGAGAUGUGA